AGAGUAGAGCGUGAUAAUCAUCUGGAUCAAGCAUCGUUGUGUCGUAUGGUUCCAGGGUGGGGCCGAAGGCACUAAGUUUCUCUUAGCCGAGAGAACAAACUCCAAAAAAAAAGAGCGUGAUAAUCGAAAGCAGAAAUCCGAGAUGAUCGAAUCUUGCACGAAGAGGCGAAUGUUAUUAGGUAUUACAUUCUUAGGAGGAUUAACGGUUUUAGCGCUAAUUAUCGAGAGCCAUUGGACGAGCAGCUCGAGCAAGCUUUACGUUGACAACUACGAGAACAAUUCCUCCUGCAUCUCUGGCGAGGAGUACGAGGUGAUAUCCGAGUGCCAUCCAUGCACGGCCUUCGAGAUUGCUAGCGAGAGCAUCGGCGUUUGUGUUCACGCGAGAUAUAAGGAAGUGCUGAAAUGCAAGAGUGGUGAAACAAUAACGAGAAGUUGCGACAAAGUGGCUUGGCUGGAAGAAAGGGCAUUCUGGAAGUUCGAGGGUUUCAUGCUUGCUGCGGCGAUCGUCUCUUGCUUCACAGUAUAUUGGAGAGAGAUCAUAUUGAGACAGAGAAUAAUCAGGAAAGUAGCUAAACAAUUGCGAAUUAGUGUGUGAAUGCUGGGAGUCGAGAG